AUGGCGCCUAUCUCGAAAGCUCAUGAGCAACACGGUGUCUCAGCUGCCGCGGAAAAAAGAAAACAGAUUGAUUCUCCUGCUCACCCGAUCUCCCAGCUGCAAGGUCCCUUUGAUGAAUCGAUUGUGGAAGCUAUUGGAGGGACGGAGAAUGAGUGGACGGUUGAACUGGACGCCCAGUCCCGCCGCAGGGAUCUUCUUGAGAACGCCAACUAUGAGAGACUUUGCGGUCGACGAUGGCGCCAGAGACGUGGUGAAAGGCAAGCAGUUAACCUGUAUCAUCCGUUCUGGAAACUCAUUGCACAAAUGUCUUUCGGUGUUCACCUCCUAGUGAAAGCGCUAGCUAAAUCAAAUAGCGAAGUUCUCAAGAUCCUCCAAAAUCAUGUUGAUGAGAUGGAUGGGUUCCUUGAAAGGACUUCGGAGGAUUUCCUUAUCAUUCAACUCGACCUUCGCACCCGAAUUCAAUAUCUCAGCUUGCCUCUGCAGAACUUGGAUGUAUUUGACGGAAUGCUUGCAGAUCGAAACUUCCGGCUUUCUAUGAUUGGUUACAACGACCAAAUAGAGCAUGCCAUUGAGCGCUUCUCGCUUACAGUCAAAGAUGCGCUGAAGGAUAUAUCCAAGGGGAAAGAGGCUAUUCGUGCCUUGUGGCACUACCUAUGGCAAUCUGCCACGGAAAAUGUCCCUUUGCCUAAUCACAUGCAGGCUGUAUUUGAUUCUAUGGCUGCGAACGUCGAAGGAUGGAAUAACACCUUCUCAAGGUUGCGUAAAAAGGGCACUGCCCUCGAAUCCGCACUUGUCCAACUUGGCCGGGCUGUGACGGAGAUGCAACGGCGCGUGGGUGUGGCGAGUAGGAAAGACAAGGUUUCAUCUUUAAAUACUUCUCAGAGCCAGAGCCCACCCCCUUCGAGGUCCCUGAGAGAACGACUAUUUGAGAAAGGGCCAUCCGUCUCCAACCGUCCACUCUCUGACAAACCACUACCCCAUGAUCCUGAUUUCACUAGACCAGAGUCCUCACCGGGAAUAUCUAGACGAAUUGGAAGUCGAAGAAUGGCUCAGAAGAGCGUCCCUAAUCUUAAAGCUGCUGAAGCUUCGGACAGCCCUGCUACAGCAGAAAGCACUUCUAGCCGUGCAAGAUCCGCCAACGAAGCGACAGAAAGUGACCCUGGAGCUGAUGCGGUUGCCCCGAAACUUCAUAGAAGUUUCAGCAAGAAGCUCUCAAGGGUCAUGCUACCAAAACGAUCUGCGAGUGAAGACUGCGUAGCCACGCAGAAUCGACCUACUUCAGAAAGGUCCAAUACACCCAAGCAUCGGAGUAUUUCAUUGGAUCGUUUGAAAGCUAUACGUGCAAAUAGGGAUACGUCUGCGCCAGAGGUACCGCCAGUACCAUCUGUUGAUACAUCGAUUCCGCCACGACCUUCAACAAGACAAGAUAACAUGAAGGAUCAGAUCCUACAACACUUCAAGACAGACCAAGUAGCAAAUGCUUGGGAAACGGAAACAGCAGAGAAGAAGGAAAAGAAAAUUACUCGUCGUGCCUCAUUGAAACUAAAGGAAGGCCCAUUGAGUGCAUUCCGCAAGAGAUCGUCGAACGCACUUCGCAUCUCUGAAAGACCUCAGUCUGCAGUGCCAUUUGAGAGAGACUUGGAUAGGCAAAUGGCCUGGCUCCAGGAGGAAACGGCAGCUUUGAACACGUACUCGCUGAAACCGAAACGCAUGGUUUCACCGAGACUACAUGUUCUUGACGUUCAGUCGGAACUUACUGAGGUUGAGGAAGAGGGCAGAUCAGCUGAUGAUGGUGCUGAUGAAAUCGGAACUACAAAAGGAGAUGCUGAGUCGUUAAUAACAGCUCUUCCUUCUUUUCCCCUUCAGCCGAUAACUGAGGUGCGCACUGCUUCUCCGACAUAG